GGUAGAUACAUAGCCUAUGCAAUUAGGCUAAUUGUUGAUUCACCUGCCAGGUGUGUGAUCCUCACCCAGUCAAAAUGGCAGCUGAUAAGUCAAUGGCAGCUGAUACAACAAACAAAAAAAUAAUUUUGGAAUUAUAAGUUAACUCUACAAAUGCACAAGAACCUUGUUUAUGGAAUCACAAUUAUGAACGAUGAAAAAGUUAUCUGUGUACUCUUGCUUUGCAUACUUCCCAUCUAUGCUACUGACACCAUACCCAUUGGAAUGUUCAAAACUGAGUGUCAGGAUCGCCACUUCUGGCUGUCAGUCAAGUCGAGCCUCCUUGGUCAGAAGUUUAGGUUUGAUGUUGAAGAUGGUAGUGGUGCCCACACCCUCUCAGGCCAGGGGGCUGCAGAAUGUGGCUACACCAUGGUGCUGGACUCCUGGGGGACCUGGUCCUCCGUGCUUCCUACCUGGCUUGUCAUGUACACAAUGAGAAAGACACUGCUUUCCGAAUGCUGGUGUGGUUUGUGAACAGAGAUGUUGACGGUGAGGAUAUGUCCUACCCUCUCCAGCUGACCUGCCCUUUACACCAGCCAUGGAAUCCCCGGGAGAUAGUCUGUGAAGAGAACUAUAUGGAGGUGUCUGCCAUAAAGCAGGUCCCUCCUGCCAACCACAAGGGACUGGAAUGGAUGACACCACCACCUGUGUGGUCGGAGGAGGGUCUGAGGGAGUGGCGUGUGGUGUUCCGGGUGCCAGGUGACCAGCAGGGGAGUGAUGGGAGACCCUCUAUGAAAGAGAAGACCCUGCCUGUAGAGAUGGCCCAUCUCCUGGGCUACCACAUCAACACCACAGAGACGCGUGUUCUGCUGCGCUGUGCCUAUGGCUCCCGCCUCGCCUACAUCCUACAGGAGAAAGGUAUUGAGGUGGAGGUGGUCAGUGCCACCAUUCUUUACAAACACCACUGGACACUUCUAAGAGUGGACGCCUCGGUUGCUUGCACCACAAACAAGGCCUCCAUGGAUGGGAAGCACAUUCUGUGGAGGUUCCCCAAGUUGCUGUCCACCCUGGUGCAGCCCCCCUUCAGAGACAAGGGCCUGACGGUGGGAGUGGAGGGACGCUACCUGAGUGACUGUGUGGCCCGUCAGCGAGGAUAUGACAUACAGGAACAGGAUGGAGCUGUGGAGAUCAGGAUUCCAUUUGGUGCAGAAGGCGGCUACAUCAAGAGCCAGGUGGUGGAUGGCCAGUACUCCCAGUCCUAUUUCAUUGACCUGUUCUACAUGUACCAGUGGGAGGAUUCUCAGUCGGCUCACACUGAAUACCGCUCCUUUAGACCCCUUUCUAUCAUCCAUCUGCCUCAGACACCAAUUCUUAUCAACGAAACCAAUCCCUCUGAGGGACAGUUCUCUGUGUCUCUGGGCUUGUUCCCCCAUGACGUGUCUCUGUCCAACAUCACCGUGGGGGACCAGUCCAUGGCAGAGCAGCUAGGGGUUUACCUCUCACAGGUCCCCUUCCCCAAUGGCACCCAUGCCUACCUACUGAAGACCCCCUUCUCACAUCAUCUGGUCUCCCAGAAGUAUCUUGGGCAGGGGUACAGGAGGUACAGUCUGGCAGUGACCUUCACUCUUUCCAUCUCCCCCCACUCUGACCUGUACCAUCACCCUGCCACCGUGGAGGCUGUCCUACAGGAUGUUGUCCUGCCCAGAGUGGAGGGGGGGUGCUCUGAUAAAGGGGUGCGUCUGCAGCUGCACUACGGAAACAUGGACACCCAGUGGGAGGUGUACGUGGGGGGUCGUAGGCUGGACUGGGAGCUGGUGGAGAUGGGCGACUACGCCCUGGAGACCAGACAGGACUACUUCAGUAUGGUGAUCCCUCUUUACGGCCUUGGCAUGGCCUACGAGGGUCUGAGUUUGCAGGGGCUGGUGGUAACUGUGAGAAUGACACUGGAGGACAGAGAGACGGCCAUACAGGAGCACACCUUCACCCAGCGCUGUAUCUUCCUUGUGAAGGAACUACUGGUGUGCCUCCCAGACAGCAGGAUGGUGGUGGUGGUGGAUACAUCCAGGGUUUCUUCAGCCGUCAACCCCAGGCUAACAUCCCUGCUGGAUGCCUCCUGUGUUCCCAUAGAGACUGAUGGAGCUAGGGCUCUGUACAGCUUCUCUCUAGACUCCUGUGGCACCUCCAAAAUUCUGGUGGAGGAUCACCUGAUGUACACCAAUGAAGUCCGGAAUCGGCCCAAAGUCCCCAUGGAUCUGAAGACCUUCAGCUCCCCAUAUCCCCACUUCAGUAUCCCAAUUGGUUGCAUACACCCAGCGAAUGGGACCCGUGCCCUGACAAUCUACCAGCCCCGGGCCCUCCCUGCCUGGCCCCACAGCCGAGCCUCUCGCUCCCACCAUCAUCACCCAGGGGCCAAGCAACACCCCUUCAUCAGAGAUGCGCUUCAUCCAUCUGAAUAGAACAAGGAGUAAUGUCAACUCUAUUCUUGACCUUUUUAUUGGCAACAUGUGCCAAUACUGUCCCUUUAAUGCCUCUUCUGACAUGGCUAUGAUUGCAUUUUCCAACCACUUGUCCUCUGAGUCCCUAUAGGAAGAAAACGUAAUGGGCUACCAGCUGGAGGUUGACAUCUGCAGCAGGCCCCCUGUCCUCUGAGGUGUACCUGUACCAAUGAUAAACUUGGUCACCAUGAUGCCAGGGGGUCCUGGCAUUAUCGAUGUAUACUGGGCUGGCCCUGAUUUGGCCAGUCACAACCCAGCCUUAUACAACAUCAUGACACGUAAUAUCUGUCUAAUAAAAUAAUUUGGCAUAUAAAAA